CAGUGUACGUGUAGACUUCUAAUGUCUGGUUACUAUCGCUUUCUAUUUGAUUGCUUUACCAGCAUUCAACAUCAAGAGUAGUGGAGUCAGAACUUGGCGUCUCAACAAUUCUUAAGACAACCCAUCUCACUCCUUUAGUACACUGUUUGCAACGCUACACGAUCGACGACUUCUCUAUACUAAUAUAAUUCCUCCGUGUUUAUUAUUAAGUUGUUGUAUUAUAUCUAUAAAAUUAUCAGAUACUUGAUCAUCAUAUUUACUUGCAAGUAUCAACAUUAUCAACAACAGUUUAACCAGACACUUGAGCUAUGUUUGUUUUUUGUGAAGUAACGUGAACAAUAUUACCAAGUUUAAGUUUUAAUUUUAUACGACAAUAGUUAAACAUGCUAUGAAAGAAUUACAAACUUGUCUAAAAAUUAAAUAAAGUGUUUGAAAGAAUAAUGAGGACUACAAUGAACACUACAAAGGGUAAUAAACCCUUUAAACGGAGUAUUACAGCACCAGAAGUGCCGGUUCAGUCAUCACCUUUAGAUUACCGUGGACGAUUCAUGUCAGAAUUUCCUAGUGAAGCUGAAAACGGAAGUAUGCAAAGUGUCAUGAAAAUUUUCAAAAAAAAAAAUAACUUGGUGACAAGUAGAGUAGCUCAUCCUCAAACUUCAAGCUCACAGAUGCUGAUGAAUCAAAGUCAAAGUAGCAGUAGCUCGAGCAGCACAACGACGAGUAGUCGAGUUGCUAAAUCCUCUCAGAGGAUACUCACAUCUUCCUCAUCUAGUGAAAUGAAGACUAGUUCUAUGAAAAGCGAUUUAACUGAGCUUAAGAGAGGUAUCUCAGAAAUGAAAAACAUAUCAACUAAUUUUUCACAUAGGCUGAGAAACAGUAUGGAAAAUCUCGUUGACAGAGAUGUCAGAAGUGCUGAUGAUGAAGAUGAUGAAAUUGAACCACUAGUUACGUUUCCUGAUUCGGAUACACCACCACCAGUCACUGGAGUUGGAACUUUAACAGUAAAUUCAUCAUCACAACUUGCAAACCUUAAUCCUUUGAAUGAUCUUCACUCUAUGAGUCCAAAAAUAAAUAUGUCCACAAUGCCCAACAUUGGUCUUACUACCGGUGCAGAGACGAUGAAAUUUGAACAGAAGAAAAUGACAAGUGCAUCUAAAACGAAGGUCGUCACUGAUGGGUUUAGCGCAGAAAAAGCUAUUGCUAAUAGUGCUGAAAUGAGAGCUCUCCAAGCUGGUGAUGUUUCUUACAAAGAAGAAAGCUUAGCUUCUGCUGCGCGAGCUAGAGUUGAAGUUGAUGGAGUUUCUGCUGAAAAAAGUGUAGCUGCAGCAAGGGAACAGAGAAGUCUAAAAGCUGGAGACCUUUCUCAUCAUGAAACUAACAAUGUAGCAGCUGCUAGUAUGAAACUUCAAAGCGAUUCAUUUUCUUCUGAGAAAAAAGCAAUGGCUGCGCAGCAACAACGACAAACAAUGACUUCUACUGGAAUUUAUAACCAUGAAAAACACAUAGCUUCUAGCUCACAGUCGAGUUAUAAAAUAGCAUCAAAAUCAGGUGUGACAUCCAAGUCGUCAAUGCUAACAGCAGCAUCAGCAGUAAACCAACUAAUGAAUGGAAAAAGGCCUGCUGAAGAUGAACUUCUUUCUUUGCCUUUAGAUGAUUUAGAUCUUCUGUGUUCAAAUUCCAAUUCCCAAGAUGUAGAAAAAGUUCUUGUUAAAUAUUCUGGAUUUAUAGACAGUUUUUUGGAGCGUUUGAAAGCUUCAGACUCAAAUAAAAAUGGAAAAGCUCCAUUAUUGUUAAACAGAGUUAAUGAAAUAAUUAAAAAAGCUUGGGCAGUACCAACUCAUGGUCAUGAACUAGGAUAUACUCUAUGUAACACAUUGAGAUUACGAGGAGGAUUAGAUCUUUUAAUGUCCAAUUGUGUAUCAAGUGAUCAAGAACUUCAAUUUUCUUCAGCUCAAUUAUUAGAGCAGUGUUUAACAACAGAAAAUCGUGCUCAUGUAGUAGAAAAUGGACUUGAAAAGGUUGUAAAUGUAGCGUGUAUUUGUACGAAAAAUGCAAACUCUGUUGACCACUCAAGAGUUGGAACUGGAAUACUCGAACAUCUAUUUAAACAUAGUGAAGGAACUUGCAGUGAUGUUAUACGUUUAGGUGGAUUAGAUGCAGUUCUUUUCGAAUGUAGAAAGAAUGAUGUAGAGACAUUGAGACAUUGUGCUGGAGCUUUAGCUAACUUAUCACUCUACGGUGGUGCUGAAAAUCAGGAAGCCAUGGCUAAGCGAAAGGUACCGGUGUGGUUGUUUCCACUAGCAUUUCAUAAUGAUGAUAAUAUCAAGUAUUAUGCGUGUCUUGCUAUUGCUGUUCUGGUUGCUAAUAAGGAAAUAGAAGCAUCUGUGUUGGAAUCCGGAACUUUAAAUCUUGUUGAACCUUUUGUUACAUCACAUAAUCCUUACGAGUUUGCUAAAUCAAACUUAGCUCAUGCUCAUGGUCAAGCGAAAAACUGGUUAGAACGAUUGGUACCAGUACUGAGCUCUAAAAGAGAAGAAGCUAGAAAUUUAGCAGCAUUUCACUUCUGUAUGGAGGCUGAAAUUAAACAGCAACAAGGAAAUACUGAAAUAUUUCGAGCCAUUGGAGCUAUUGAACCCUUGAAAAAAGUUGCAAGUUGUCCGAAUGCUGUAGCUUCUAAAUUUGCCGCUCAAGCACUUCGACUUAUGGGUGAAGAAGUCCCACAUAAGUUAAGUCAGCAAGUACCUCUUUGGUCUACAGACGAUGUUAGAGAGUGGAUAAACCAAAUUGGCUUUGCUGAAUAUGCACAAAAUUUUGUAGAGAGUCGAGUAGAUGGAGAUUUAUUGCUACAACUAACAGAGGAAAACUUGAGAGAAGAUAUUGGCCUUACCAAUGGAAUCAGAAGACGAAGAUUUACACGAGAAUUACAGAAUUUGAAGAAAAUGGCUGAUUAUAGUAGUCGAGACGCUGGUAAUUUAAACUCAUUCUUGCAACAAAUUGGUCAAGAAUUUUCAAUUUAUACUUACAGUAUGUUAAAUGCUGGUGUUGAUAAAGAUUCAAUCAAAAAUAUCAACGAAGACCAAUUAAUUAAUGAGUGUGGAAUUUCCAAUAGUAUACAUAGGUUAAGAAUACUUGAUGCUAUCAAAAAUAGCCAUUCUAAUCAAUUUAGUUCUUGUGAACUCGAAUCACCAGACAAAAGUUUAGAUGUAUUUGUGAGUUAUCGUCGAUCCAACGGAUCCCAAUUGGCUAGUUUGCUUAAAGUUCACUUACAAUUGAGAGGUUUUACUGUAUUUAUCGAUGUAGAAAGAUUAGAAGCUGGUAAAUUUGAUAAUAAUCUACUUCAAAGUAUUCGCCAGGCUAAACAUUUUCUACUCGUACUCACGCCCAAAGCUUUAGAUCGAUGUUCACAAGAUCAUGAAUGUAAAGAUUGGGUUCAUAGAGAAAUCGUGGCUGCUCUUCAGUCUCAAUGUAAUAUCAUUCCUAUAAUUGAUAAUUUUCAAUGGCCUGAACCCGAAGAAUUACCAGAAGAUAUGCGAGCAGUUUGUCACUUCAAUGGUGUUCGUUGGAUUCACGAUUAUCAAGAUGCUUGCGUAGACAAAUUAGAAAGAUUUAUGCGAGGUGAAAUUCCUAUGCGAUCAGAUGUCAUGAAUAAUAUUCCAAGGGGAAUCGGAUCCAAGGAAGUGACAACACCUAGCACACCGGGUAGUUCAAAUAUUCGACAACCACCAAAUUAUCAAAGAAUGCAUAGCAAUGAAAGUCGAGGUAGUGACAAAGACUCCACAAUCAGAAAAUCCUCAAAUCCUAAUCGAUUAAUGAGUAUACCUCCAACAUCACCUCGCUUGAAGUUUAUUCACACAUAUCCUGGAAAAACUUCAGUACCUCAGAGACCGCCUAGACAUCCGUCCUUGCCUUCCGUCCGAUCACGAUCUUUGGAGCUAUUAGAUCAAUCAGAUGAAAAUUCCAGAAAUAAGACAGAUGAUACUAAACAACUAUCACCAAAACUACAUUCAAAAAGUUUAGAUGGUCUGUUAGAUGAAAAUAAAUCAUCUGACUUAAUAUCAUCAAAUAAUAAAAUUACAGGAACUAAAGCUAAUGAAGAAGUUUUUACUUCUAGUCAAAUUGCAAAUGACACUACGUUAAUUACAAAAGAAGGUGAAUCACUUCAGGAUGAAGAGAAUUUAUGUCCUCAACCUGUACCAAGACUUAAGCCGCGUUCAUUAAAAUUUGAAACACCUCAAAUUAAUGAAAAAGUGAAAGAAAAUAUUGAUAUAAGAAAUUUAGAGGAAAAAGAGGAUAAAAUACAAUUAGAGGUAACAGAAUACUGUGAUAAAACAAAUUUGCAAGAAACUGACUCUGAAAAUUUAAUUAAUUAUGACGAUAGCGUUGGUUUAAUGCAAAAUAAAAGUUGUGCUAUGACUAAGACAAGAAGCUGUGGUGCGGGAUUAGACGAAGAUGAUUCAAUUUCAUCGAAUGAAUAUGACAAAAAGCUACAAAUUCCAGGCUCCCUCCAAUCGCUUGAUAUUGAUACGAAACCUAAACGUAAUUUUAUGAAUAAGUACGUAAAUAAGAUGAAAUUUUUAAUUAAAAAAUAAUUAGUAUAAAAUUAUUUUUUGCUAAUGAUUAAAUUUAAUUGAUCGCUAUUUUACUAUAAAAAAAUUAUGAACUUUUAGAAAUUUAUAAUAAUUAUGACAGCAAUCUUGGUGAAACAAUUGUGCCUAAACAAUGUGUCUCAUAUUAUUUUUUGUUUACAUGAAUAAAAUUUCAAUUAAUAUAAGUGCCUAUAUAACAUAAUUACAUAAUAUAAUAUGAAUAGCUUUAUAUUGAAUGCUUUAAGUCAGU